UCAAGCUGAGAAUACUCAGAUCAGAAGAUGGGCAGGAACUUGACGAACGCAGUGAUUGCAAUUCUGGUUCCUCUCCCCUCAAUCCUCUUCUACCUCUCUUUCCUCAACCACUUUGAUCGCAAUUCUACCUCCCCUCUUUGGUCAUGGUGUUUUCACCACCCCCUGCUUUUAGCCAACCUCUUCUUCUUCUUUAACGUCAAUGUCUUCUUCUGGGUCAUCAGCCAUUUCCAAUCCAGCCACUGGAUGAUAGAUUUGUAUUGGACUGUGAUCCCAGUUUUGCUGGCUCAUUAUUAUGCAACGCACCCUCUGGCGCAGUACAACUCGUGGAGAUCCAUGAUAGUGAUACUGCUGACAUGGGUAUGGAGUAUUAGGCUCACCCAUAACUAUUUCCGGCGAGAGAAGUGGCAGUGGGGUGCCAGGGAAGACUGGAGGUUCACCGAUAUGAGCCGACAAUAUGGAAAACAAUGGUGGUGGAUUUCGUUCUUUGCCGUCUACGUUUCUCAGCAGGUUUUCUUGAUAGGAGUUUGUCUCCCAUUGUAUGCGGUUCACGCUGUCGAUAAGCCCUUGAACCUUUCGGAUUUUGUUGCUGCUGCAGUCUGUUUGUGUGGCAUUGUCAUUGCAUACUUUGCUGAUACCCAACUGCAUGAUUUUGUUACUAGAAAUCAGAAGCUAAAAGAGAUUGGAAAGCCUAUAGUGGCUAAUCUUGAGAGGGGGUUGUGGCAGUACUCCCGUCAUCCAAACUACUUUGGAGAGCAACUGUGGUGGUGGGGACUGGUUUUAUUCGCAUGGAACCUUGGACAUGGUUGGACCUUCAUUGGAUCACUGAUCAACAGUAUGUGCUUAGUUUAUGUCACUGUGCUUGUGGAGCAGAGGAUUCCUAAAGAAUAGCUAAAAAUCAAACUGGUUCCUAGAU